UAUAAUUUUUCGUGCAAAGCCCAGACGCCGAAACCCCUCUGUAGUCUGUGAGUUCUCAAAGUACUAAACUAGAAAGAAGAGAGAGAGAGAGAGAGAGAGUUGAGUGAUGCAUUAUGCGAGCAAUCAGGUUUCGCGAACCGCCGACCGAUUCUUGGGGAUUGAGGGACAUCUUCCGAGUUGGCUUCUCCACCGCCAUCCGACGAGCUGUUGUCAUCGGAAACGGCGUCGCCGGAGCUGAGAAUCAGUGCACUGGUUUGGUUCGAGCUCUGGGUCUCUCUCACCGCCAAACCAUUUACCGCGUAACUAGGCCAAGAGGAGGAAUCAAUAAGUGGCUUCAGUGGUUGCCUGUUUCUGUUCACAAAAAGUUAGACUAUGCCAUAAAGAGAAUUUGUGGUGAUUCACAAUUCCAAACUAUCAAAGCAAAUAAAGUGAUGUCUCUUCCCGCUGAAAAAAAUGGUAGUGCUGGUCUAUCACAUGUUUUAGAAGCUGAUGCAAAGCAAAUUGCAACAAUGGCUCAUGAAACAUUUAAGAAGGAUGGUCCAUUAUUGGUGGUUGCAUCAGGCUGGGAUACUAUCUCUGUUGCAAGUUGCAUAAAACGGUUAGCUCCAGAAAAAGUCUUUGUUGUUCAGAUACAGCAUCCCAGAUCACAGCUAAAUCAGUUCAAUCUGUUGAUUACUCCUCGCCAUGAUUAUUACCCAUUAACUCCUAAAGGACAGGAACAGAUCCCAUGGUUUCUUCGGAGGUGGAUAACUCCUCGUGAACCUCCUGACAGACAUGUGGUCCUCACUGUGGGAGCUCUUCAUCAGGCUGACUCUACCGCUUUACAGGUUGCUGCUUGUGCCUGGCAUGAUGAGUUGGCUCCUUUGCUGAAACCCUUGCUCGUGGUUAACAUUGGAGGGCCUACAAGUAAUUUGUGCAAUGGCCGCGUGGAGAAAGAAUCGUUUGAGAUUGUUUGGUUAUAUUCAAUGGAGACCAACAAAGGCAGUAGUGAAGCGAUGCGAUGCUGUAACGGGCCGCUUGGAGAAGAAGGAUUCAUAACAUUGUCAAUAUGGUGCAGACCUUGCAAAACAGUUGACAGCAUCCCUGAAGAAUGUUCCUCACAUGGGCAUCUCGCUUGGGCCGAUGCUUUCAUAAUCACAGCUGAUUCAGUUAGUAUGUUGAGUGAGGCUUGCAGUACUGGAAAGCCUGUUUAUGUUAUUGGAGCAGGGCGAUGUACAUGGAAGUUUGUGGAGUUCCACAAAUCUCUGCAGGAACGAGGAGUGGUGCGACCAUUCACGGGUAAAGAAGAUAUAUCAGAAAGAUGGAGCUAUCCUCCACUGAAUGACACUACAGAGGCAUCUUUUUGGGUGAUUGAAGCACUUUCUGAGCAUGGAUGGAGAUUGGAACCUUGAUAAGUCGGUUCCACUUCAGGUCUAUACGGUGUUUGAAAUUACUCCCUUUGUCUCAUUUUAAGUUUGUAAGGUGUGCUUGGUUCAUUUGGUUUGGUUUUCACAUUUUCAUUUUUCAGAAAAGAAAAGGUUGGGAAAAAUGUUGGUAAGGCAGCCUUGCAUGCAAAAUGGAAGUGUAUAACUCUCAUAUUACAUUCCUAUAUAUUUAUCUUGGCGAGGGGGAUUAACGCAAUCAAUAAGAAAUGAAUUGAUAUUUGUAAAACAAAA